AUGGACCUUCUGGGAGGCUAUGGGUCGGGCUCGGACAGCGAUCCCGGCUCCCCGCAGCCCGCAAGCAACACUGGCACCGCCACGCUGCUCACCAGCCGCCUGCCGGUGCAGGCAGCGCCCCCAGUAGCCCAGCAGCCGCCCACAGACCCGUCGCAGCUGGCCUCCAGGCUGCCGGCGCCCUCGGGAGCCAAGGCGCCGCUCUUCUCCGGGCUGCCCAAGCCUGCGCAGAAGAAGAAAGUGGUGGUUCAGUUCCGUGUGCCCAUCAGCUACGACCCUGCGGAUGUCAAAGCCGUGGAGGAGGAGCCGGCGCGCAAGCGGCAGAAGGCCAGCGCUCGCGGGCGCAGCCUGUCCGAGCUGCUGCCGGCGCCCAAGAAUGCGGCGGCAGGCAGCGGGCGGCGCCUGGAUGUGCUGGGUGGCGGCGCGGCCGGCGGCGCAGGGGCAGGGGCCAAGGCUGGAAGAAAGUACGACUCAGACGACGAUGAGAUUGUGCCGGGCACAGAGGACCGCAGCGGCAUGGUGGACCUGGCGCCAGGCGACGCGCCCGGCGCCGCCGCUGACGGCAACGAGGCGUUUCGCGUCGACGCGGGCGGCGGGGGUGGCGGUACGGCGGCGGCGGCGCAGUACGACGCGGCGCAGCAGCAGCAGUACGCUUCCUGGCAGGCCUACUACCAGCAGCACGGCGGCCACGAGUACAACCAGCACCAGCAGGCCGCCGUCGCCGCGGCCGCCGCCACCGCCGUCGACCCCGCAGAGGCGAUGCUGCAGGCGGCGCUGGCGGCGGAGCGGGAGAAGGCGGCGCGCAGGGGGCAGCCGGCGGCGGCGGCGGGCAUAGAGAUCAGAGAGGUGCGCGGCGACCAGCUCAAGGCGAUGGAUCCGGGGCAGCGGGCGGGUGUGGAUGCCAUCCGCAACGCGCUGGGGGCAGACUACGAGGCCAAGCUGCGCAAGGAGGCGGGCUCCGACCCCUCCAAGCUGGCCAAGCGGCGGCACCAGAUCGGCUCGCUGUACCACUACGCUAAGCAGAAGGAGCUGGAGCAGCUGGAGGUGCGGGCCGCGGGGUCCAAGACCAAGGCAGAGACGCAGAAGAAGUAUGGGUGGUAG